CAAAAAAUUAAUUAAAUUAAAUAAUGAAUAUAGUGGAGGCUUGAGCAAUAGCAUUGAGCAAGGUUAAAUUCCUGAACCCUUUCCGCUUUCACUUUCACUCUUCCUACUUGUUCUUCCUCACGGCCAAAAUGUUGUUCUUCUCGUACUUCAAAGAUUUGGUUGGAAGAGAAGUCACGGUAGAACUCAAGAACGAUUUGGCCAUCAGAGGAACAUUGCAUUCUGUUGAUCAAUACCUCAACAUCAAGCUCGAAAAUACUCGUGUUGUUGAUCAAGACAAGUACCCUCACAUGCUUUCUGUAAGGAAUUGCUUCAUCAGAGGAUCGGUGGUUAGAUACGUACAAUUGCCUCCAGAAGGGGUGGACGUUGAACUAUUGCAUGAUGCCACAAGGAGAGAAGCUCGGGGUGGUUGAUUUCGAUAUUCCUGUAAUGUAUCUUUGUAUGAGAAUUCGUUAGGCUCAGUAAUCAUGGAUGUUAUUUUUCCUACCAAAGAAUGAAACUAUUACUAAUGUCAAAGGCUAUGUAACUGAACCAUUGUUCUGUUCUAUUGUGACAAAGUGACACUAGCGUAAUUAGCUUUGCUUU